AUGUUUAGAAGACCCCGCCUUGGGCGAUUCGAACCUGGUCAUUUCACCACACCGACGCGAUUAAGGAUCGACUGCCGUUCAGAAGGGAAAGAUGAAGGUUUAUCCGCGACAAACACCACAGCAGGGUGUUAUAUCGGAAAAAUUGUAUGGGAUGAUGCUUGUACAGCAGGAAGCAGUCCACUGGCUACUUGCGAAAUUGAUUCGAGAUUCUGUGAGGUGUCGGGUCACAUGAGAUGCAUGGACGAUAUCGUCUGCGAUAUAGCCCAAGACUGCCCGAAUGGGAAAGAUGAGGAGUUUUGUGAUGAUCAGCCUCCGGGAGCCAGAUGCGAUUUCAAUGAUGAUAAGUCAUUCUGUGAUGGUUGGACCAUGUUAACUGUUGAACAGGGGAAACCCGUCAACGAUCAUCUACUCCAGAUUAAGCUGAUGCCAGGAAAUGUCGGGCCGAUUCAUCCAUCCAGACCUGGAGGAGGUGGUUUUCUGCUUUACUCAUCCGAGCUAAACUGGAAUCGUUCGUUACCGACAAGGCACACUUACUUCACGUCACCAUUUUACCCUCCCAUUUUCAACGAUGACGGGAAAUGCAAGCUACGAUUCUACGCGAUUCAAGCAGGGGUAGAUGUUCACUGGUCACUGUCGAUCAUUCACCCAUCGUGGGUCGAAAAAGCAGCGCCUCUGAAGAAUACCCUUGGAAGAAGAAGGAAAACGAAUCGAACGCUCUUGGCAUCGAAUCUCCACGGAACUGGGACCAAUGGUUUGUUAUUUCUUUGA